UGCGGGCGGCGGCGGGGCCGCCAUGUCGGGCCGAGGGCGGCGGCGCUCGGGGCGCGGGGCCUCCCUGAGGCCGAGCCGGUUCUGCCCGCAGUGCGGGCGCGGCGUGGAGCCCGCCUUCCGCUUCUGCCCGGCCUGCGGCGGGAGGCUGCCCGCCCCGCGCGGCGAGGACGACACGCAGCAGCCGGGCCCGGCCCCGCCUGCCCCUGCCCCGGCCCCGCCUGUCCCGGCCCCGCCGCUCCCGGGCUCCCCGGGCUCCCCGCGGGCUCCCCGGGCCCGGCGCUCGGCGGCGGGGCGGCCCGGUCCCCGCUCGCCCCGCAAGGCCGCGCCGCUCCCGCCGGGCGCGGUGCUGAGCGACCGGGGCGGCGGGCGCUGGCGGCUGGGCCGGCUGCUGGAGCGGGGCGGCUGCGGGACGCUCUACGAAGCACAGCCAGCAUCUGGAACCUCAAAGGAAAGAUACUCCCUCAAACUUGAUGUCAAAGAUGGCAGGAUCUACAAUGAGCAGAACUUCUUCCAGCGAGCUGCAAAGGCAGGCACAGUGGAGAAGUGGAAGAAGUGGCACUCUGUGCCGUUGCUGGGGAUCCCCAGUUGCCUUGGCUUUGGACUGCAUGAGGAGAGCUACAGGUUUUUGGUGUUCUCUGACUUAGGAAGAACUCUUCAGUCAGUGCUGAAUGAUGGUUUACACCUGCUGAAGGAGAAGGCAGCUUUUCAGAUUGCAGUCCGACUGCUAGACUGCCUGGAGUACAUUCAUGAGAACGAGUAUGUGCAUGGGGACAUCACAGCUGAGAACAUCUAUUUGAACCCAGCAGACCUCACACAGGUGACCCUGGCUGGUUACUGCUUCGCGUUCCGGUACUGCCCGGGGGGGAAGCACGUGGCCCUGCGGGAGGGCAGCAGGACCCCUCAUGAGGGCACCACGGAGUUCAUCAGCCUGGACAGCCACAACGGGGCAGGCCCAUCUCGCCGGAGUGACUUGGAAUCUCUGGGCUACUGUCUUCUGAAAUGGCUCAGUGGCAUCUUGCCUUGGUCUGGUGAACAGGACAAAAUAGAAACUGUGGUGGAGAAGAAGGAAAAGUACAGAGGGGAUGUGAUCUGCCUUCUCCGACUGUGCUUCAGGCAGAAACCCAUCCCAGAUGCCCUGCAGAGGUACCUGCAGCACGUGAUGGCACUGGGGUAUGAGGAGAAGCCCGACUACGAGGCCCUGCGGCAGCUCUUCAAGCAGCCACUGGAGAAGAUGAGAGCUUCAGCUUAUGACCCUGUGGAUAUCAAAAUGGUACCCUAGAUCAAGAAAACUUGCACAGGAAAAGAAUCCCAAGCUUUCUGCAGCACGAGGCCUUCCCAGCAGAUAUUUUACCUAUUUUAAAACUGAGAGAGGCUUUUAUAAAUGAUUUCUUCCAAUUUUAAUGUGACCCAAGUUUGAGCUGCUGCUUUAACAAGUUAAUGUGAAGACACUCCUCCCUGGCAAAGCUUUGGAAGCAGCAGCUGGAGAAGUGCAAUGUAGCCACUGGGAGAAGGGUGAAGACUGGAACAGAAAAAUGAAAUCAGGGACUUUUUAUUUUUUUAAUCUGCAGUGGCAGUGGAUAGUUUUGUAAUAAACUUUGUGGACAAGCA